CCGUAGAGUCCUCGGCAGGUUCAAAAUUGCAAUCAAAAAUACUUUUUAGAUUAGAGCGUCUGUUCGCGCGGCAUAGGAACAGAGUACAUACAUGAGCUUCGAAAAUUAGCGCAUUCAAAAUGUGGAAUAUAUGCACACAGCAUAAGAUGCUCAAGCAAGCAAAGAACCUAAGGAGAAUUGCAAGGUUGAUAUCAAGAAGUGCACUUGGACCUGGGCCAGCUGGUCUCAAUAAUUUACAGGAUAGACUAUUUCAAGUCUACCCAGAGGUUGCUGAGGCAAUUGUCAGUAAAAGGCCAGUUGUUGCAUUAGAAUCAACCAUUAUAACACAUGGAAUGCCUUAUCCUGAAAAUUUAAGAGUUGCCAAGGAAGUUGAAAAAAUUGUGAAAAAUAAUGGAGCAAUACCAGCUACUAUAGCAGUUAUUUCUGGCAAAAUCCAUGUAGGUUUGUCAGAAGCAAACUUAGAGAGGUUAGCUCAGGAUACUGAUGCUGUAAAGACAUCCAGGAGAGAUUUGCCCUAUGUUAUCAGCAAGGGUCUAACUGGAGGAACCACAGUAUCAAGUACUAUGAUUGCUGCAAAUGCCACAGGUAUCCCAGUCUUUGUUACGGGAGGAAUUGGUGGUGUUCAUAGAGGAGCACAAUCAACAUUUGAUAUCAGCGCAGACCUUACUGAGCUUGGUAAAACCCCAAUGGCAGUUGUUUGUGCUGGAGCUAAAUCUAUUCUGGACAUUGAAUUGACUCUUGAGUAUUUGGAAACACAAGGUGUUCUUGUGGCUACAUAUGGAGACUCCUUAGACUUCCCAGCCUUCUUUACCCCAAAAAGUGGAUUUAAGUCUGUUUGCAAUAUACAAACCCCAGAAGAGGCAGCUAAGUUAAUUGAUGCGAAUUUAUCACUAAAAUCUAGCAGUGGAAUAGUUUUAGCUGUCCCAAUCUCCAAAAAGGAAGCCGCAUCUGGGGAAAUCAUCGAGAAAGCUAUCCAAAAGGCUUUGCAGGAAGCCAGUGAUUCUGGUAUUAAAAGUAAAGAAGUGACACCCUUUUUGCUCAAGAGAGUGAAUGAACUUACGGAGGGUCAAUCUCUUCAAGCCAAUAUGGCAUUAGUAAAAAACAAUGCAAAGAUAGGAAGUUUAAUUGCUGUUGAAUUAUGCAGAAUACGAAAAUUAAAAGAGAAGAAAGCUGUGGAAUCACAAGGCAAAGUGCCAGGCUUUCCAGAUUCAACCAGAGAUUGGAACCGGCAAAGGAGACCAGUUGUGAUCGGUGGAUCCAAUGUAGAUUUUAUCGCGACGGCAGAAAGCAUUGUGCUUGAAGCGUCUAAUCCUGGAAAAGUAAGGAUGAGUUUCGGUGGAGUUGGAAGAAAUAUGGCAGAAUGCCUGGCUCGUCUUGGCAUGAGGCCGUUGUUCGUGUCAUCCAUAGGAAGCGAUCCUCUGGGAGCUAUGCUGCUAAAGCACUGUGAAGAAGCUAGAAUGGUUACACGUGGCAUAUACACCUCUAAGGUGAAUCACACUGGUACGUACUCGGCGAUACUGAGUCAAAAUGACGACUUUCACGCGGCAGUUGGUGACAUGGACAUUCAUAAAGUUAUCAGUCCUGAUCAUAUUGCAGCCUUCGAGGAACCCAUUAAACAUGCACCUUUGGUAAUGCUGGAUGGCAAUAUUACUGAAGAAGCUAUUGAUCAUGCGUGUUACUUCUGUGCAGCUAACCACAUACCAGUGUGGUUUGAACCAACGUGCAUCAUGAAAGCCGAGAAACCCUUUCGUAGUGACGCGUGGCACAACAUAACAUACAUAUCACCUAAUCUAAAAGAGCUUCGAACCAUGAGCUCUGCCAUAAUGAACGACGAACUACAGAAAUCAAAUCUUCCACCACACAUCACAAAGGAUGAUAAAGAGAAAGAUCGACCACUAGAAGAUAUUAUAACCGAGAGUUUGCACCUUUGCAAGCCACUUUUAAAGCAUAUUCAUUGCAUCAUCGUGACACUUGGCAAGCAUGGUGCCUUAAUCUGUAGAGACACUUCCGCUGACACUCCAUUUCCAACGGCUCACCACAUGAGUCGGGUAUCUGCGGCGCGGCAACACAGUUUGGUGUCAGCGCAGUAUUUUCCCGCCGUAGGCCCAGGAAGUCAUGUGCCAGGGGGAAACGUCACUGGUGCAGGUGACAGUUUUGCAGCAGCAAUGGCUUCGUGUAUUAUUCAAGGACACUCUCCGGUCAUCUGUGUAAAGGCUGGUAUAUUAGCAGCCCAAUAUUCUCUGCAAUCGCAAGAUGCAAUUUCUCCGGCUGUUUUCCCAGAGAACUUUACCCCUGAAAAUGUUGAAUCCUGUAUACCAUGGGACGCGAAUGAUAUAAAUAUGGACAUUUUUUAGCAUUCACUUAAUUGGUGAACAUUUUGGGGUUUGCACGUUACUGGAAUACGUCCUGAACGUUUCUUGUGUACAUGCAUGCGUGCGCGAAAUUGAUUGAUGUCUCGUAAAACUAGUUUGACUGGUUGGUCGAAGGACAGUGGUCCUGUUCUGAAUGACUACUUAAUUGGCUUCAGAGCUUGGAUUAUUUUAAAAUAGCUGUUGUCAGUAAAUCACUUUCUUGACUUGUGUGUUUUGCGUGACGUGCGAGAUUUGCGUGACGCUGAUACUGAAUGACGUGAAGUGGUGUUACAUUUUAUCACAGAAGUCAGUGAUCUUCCCUUGCACUGUUAUGAAAUGCCAGUGAAAUUCGCUCAACGACAGACGUGGACUAACGGAAACUCUCAGAGAUAUGGAAGUACCACAUAAUUCGAAUGUGGGGAAAAUAAUUUAAGAAACCAUUUUCAAGGAAGUUAUGAAGUGUUUCUUACGCGAAUCGUAAUCUAAAGUUUUGAAACAUCUUAUCACCUCUUCAUCACCUAAAUGGAGAUUAAGCUAGGAUUUUACUUAAAGUAAGGUGCGAGUCUCGUUUACAGUCAGAUUGUUUGAUGGUCAGAUCUUUUCCAAUAGAUCGUCAGACACUAUAGUUA